AGCAAACGUUAGAUCUGCGGAAAGAUCGCUCGCGUACCACGGGUGCGGUAGGUAUCCACUCUCCGCAGAAGCCGAUAGCCCCAAUCCGGUGAGGCAUUGUGCUGCCACAUCUAGGCACGGCUGCGGAUAGGCCGGGCACGUCGUAUGGGACGACUGUCCAUCCAAUUGGAAUGAGCAGGGUAUCGUUAUUGCAUACUCGUCAUAUAGUUUGCUUAUCUGGGUCGACCGCUGCUCAGCUCUAAGCGAUGCAUACUACCGUUUAGACUGCAUCAGUUGCGUGGCAGUAGAACCUGAUAUACACCACCUCGUUCCCACCUCCCAGUUAGGGUUUUUGGUUCUCUCCAACCUCCUCUGCAGCAAACGUUUCAUACGUCCAACAUCAAACGGGCAAAGAAUGUCGCAGCAAGGAACCCAAGGACCUCCAUCUGGAGCAUCUGGGCAAGCCGGUCGAGGUCCUCCGUAUGCGCCUCUCAAUGCUGGUCUGGGUGGAACCCCUGCCAUUGUGCCUGACGUGCCUGUCGCCAUCAUCUUUCUCAUACUCUACCUGAUCUUUGGUGUUAUCCACAUCAAGAUCUUCAAGGGCAACAAGCAUCGCGGGCACAAGUUUAUCUUUAAUGGCGCUAUACUCGGUCUCUGCAAGAUCCGAAUCAUCACCAUGUCCUUGCGGAUAGCAUGGGCCAACUAUCCCAGGAACAUCGGACUCGCCAUCGUGGCCAACAUCUUCGUCUAUAUCGGUACCAUCAUCUUGUACGGAGUGAACUGGUUCUUCGUCCAACGCAUUGUCCGCUCCCAGCAUGCACGCCUAGGAUGGUCAACGCCGUACCGCAUCUUUCAUCGAGGCGGGCUUGUCCUACUUGUGGCCACUCUGCUUAUGCUCAUCACAAGUCAGAUCUGGCAGUUCUUCACGCGCGACCAAAGCAAGCUCAGUGCUUUUCACGACCUGUUCGUUCUCGCGCAGACAUAUUUCACGAUAUUCUGCUUUGCGCCAGCUAUUCUGGUCGGAAUCUCGCUCCUCGUUCCACGAACAGAAGUCGAGAAGUUCGGCGCUGGUCGACUGAGGUAUAACAUUGUCAUCCUACUCAUCUCGGUGUCUAUUCUUUCCAUCGGACAGAUAUUCCGCUGCGUUCUGGCCUGGAUUCCAGGAACCCCAUUGAUCGAUGUACAGCGCGAUGUCAUCCAGCUGCCGUGGUACCUGACGAAGGGAAGCUUCUAUUGCUUCAAUUUCGUCACCGAGAUCCUCGUCAUCAUCAUGUUUGCUGUCGUCCGAGUCGACCUACGUUUCUACGUGCCAAAUGGAGCAAGGAAGUCAGGUGACUACUCUAGAAGCCGCGUUGACUUGCACGACGAGAACGAGAAGAACCUCACCAUACCCCCGCCUACUCUUGCCCACCCGAUGGCCCACCAGAAUGACUCAAGUCAAACACUACACAGAUACCAGUCUUCAGUGUUCGAGGACACGCAGACACUGGCUGACUCACUACAAUACCCUCAUUCGACUCUAGAGGUGGACGACAAGACAGGCAGCUGGAAGGUCAAGCGUCUCUCGGGCGACUCAUCAAGAAGCCGCCACACUACCAUUUCUUUCGCAACCUCAUCUAAGACAACACUAAACGACAAGGCUUCGCGUCCUGAUAUCAAUGUGCCGCCAGUCCCUGAGCUUCCUGCAGAAUGGCCGUUGCCAGCUUCCACGCCACCGCCGGGUGCAAGUUCUGUUCUGGAGCAUACAAAUCCGCCAUCGCGUCGGGGCACCCCGCAACAACAGACCUACGAGCUUGAACAUCACCAAUUGAAUGAGUUUGAUGUAGGCGAUGCGGUUACCCACGCUUUGGCCAGGCUGGAGUCAAACAGUGAGAGACGUAGAGCCAACCCUUCGACCCCACCUCCAAGAUCUCAACGCAAAACGCCGGUACCGGUCUAUACGCCUACUAUGCCUUCUAAAGUUGGAAGUAGCUCGCCAUCCCGCAAAACCAGGAAGCGCGUCAGCUUCCCACAGACAGAAGUAAUCCGCAGCCGAGCAAAUAGCGCCAAUUCCCAGGGUGCAAGAACUCCAGCUAUUGAGAAGAUACCCGAACUUCCUAUCCAAAAGCCCGCCGAGUCAUCAAGACCAGCAUACCGAACUGGACCGACACGAACUCCUAGUCUGGAAAUUAUCUCCUUGCUGAACCACAUGAGCGGCGAUUCUACUCGCAUCCGAGACGCAUCGCUCCAGCGAACACGUGCCAGCUCAGUAGCAGCUUCAGAUGAGCCCAAGACCCCCGCUUCUUGCGAUCUUACACGACAGACAAGUUCAAAGUACAGUAAUGAUAAUAGCAGCGCAACAAGCUCCGAAGUGCGGGAGAAAGAACUGGCGAGGGAGGAAUUCCGUCGCUUCAGCUCAGAGGCCCCGCCCAGAUAGGGUUCGUUUCUUUUGAGCGCUACACACGAACUCACGAAUUUCCUUAACUUCUUGUGGUUUACCCAUCUUAUAUCGUUGUUUGACCCGCGUCUUUAGCAUGUAGUACCAAUGGUACGCUACGCGCACAGUGGUUCACAUAUCGUCCCCUCCCUGGACGCUUUCCUUAUUGUACAUACUUACAACUCAAUUCUGAGCAUUUCCUACAUAAGUAUCUUAGGCGUUUAGUAUUAUUAAAUUGAACUUUUAAUGCUGGUUGCCUGACGGCACGGCGUCUUCCAUAUAUCCGCUCCGGCUCGUUGUCUCCACCCGGUAUUUCAGGCAGCAACAUUGUUGCAACCACCAUU